AUGGUUUGCAGCAGGCAGUACAGAAAACAUCAGAGAAGCGGCAGAAGCAUUUGUUUCAGUUUUCCCCGUCAAGAUAAGUGUCUCUGCAUCGGACUCCAAGGCUGUCACUCUCGAGCAGCCUUCCUGUUGACAGCCGUCCUCCUUGGCGGACUUGGCGGACUCGACAUUAGGAAUUUCGCGCUCACCUCACCCAGGAAGCCCCAGCCUUUGGCGGAGGAGGGUCGCAGACUGUUGCAGCUUCCACAGGACUUCUUUGGGAAAGGCUACGACAUAGUGGAUCUCCUUGCCAGAGGAAUCAGCAAGAAAGGAGAAGAGGGAGCUCCCACCAAGCUAAGCUUCAUGCUGGAUACGGGCUUGACAACGUCUCUACUCCUGCCAGACAAAGCUCAACAACUUGGACUGCUCGAAGAAGGGAGGUUUGUUGCUGAAAAACUUCUGAAAACUCCAAAGGUGGUGCUUGAGAACGUGGAGUUUUCCCGAAUCCAAAUAGGUCCUUUGAGGCCAUUUGUGAUGGAUUUCUUCCAAAGCAGGAUGGGUAAUGGGGCUACGAUUGACGGAAUGCUUGGCAUGGAGUUCUUUGAAAGAUUUGCUGUUGACUUGGGAACAGAUGUUCGUCUAUACGAGGCGGACGACGGAGAAAAAACCGCCGUGAUGGAAAACAUGAUUUGCUUGACUACAGCUCCGCUUCCGGCUCGUCUCCUUGGAGUGAACGUUUGCGUUCCAGGGAAUGAUGCUUGUGUGAAAGGAGUUCUGGACACCGGUGCUGCAUUUUCUGUGUUGAACUGGGCAGCAGCAGACGUUCUUCUCAAUGUUGCAGAGGUUGACAAGGAUAAGAUGCUCCAAGAACGGGGAGGUGUCACAUCCCUGGACACAAGUGGCAAAGCACUGCUGAUGCCCACAAUCCAGGCAAACCUUGAGCUCCGUGGUGCUGGCCGGGAACCUCCUGGCCAUUGGACUCCAGAUCCAGUCGAGGUUGCAGUGGGGAACAUCGCCAGCUUCCAUCAGAUUUUUGGCGAUACGGCGGCGCCAUUGGCAUUGAUUGGCCAGGACAUUCUGACGCAAAGACGCACACUCCUGGCCGCAACUGCCUCGGUCAACACUUUGUGUUUGUUGCCUGCAGUGUCCCUACACCUGAUACAACUUGUACGACCAACAUCUAAUAACCUGCUUGACAUUCUCUGA